CCUCCGGUAGCGGAAAAUCCCGCAGUGGGUCUCUCUGGCCGCUUGGAGGACUUGUCAUCUGUGUCUGGAGGCGCCCGGCGGCGGCGGCGGCGGUGGGCGGGUCUGAAGUGCGGCGCGACGAGCCACUUUUGUGCGCCUGCUCUGACUACUUUAAGGUUGUGGGUGUCUUCGCCAUGGGGCUGCCAGAGGCGUGGAGCUUCAUGUGCAGCUGUUAGACCUGUGUACGUGGUGUGCCUUUCUCGUUCAGUUCUGUUGGCUGGCUCCAGCGUUAAUACAGGUGUACGGAACAUCCAGGUUUAAUUCAUUCAAAAGGACGAAUAUCAUACUGCAACAUUUGAGAAGGUCUAUGCACAUGGAUGCAGCAGGAGAAGUACUACUGGAAAGAAGAGGUUGUGCAGGAGUGAUAACACUAAACAGACCAAAGUUCCUAAAUGCAUUAAACCUUAAUAUGGUUCGGCACAUUUAUCCACAACUAAAGAAUUGGGAACAAGAUCCUGAAACUUUCCUGAUCAUUAUAAAAGGAGCUGGUGGAAAGGCUUUCUGUUCUGGGGGUGAUAUCAGAGUGAUCUCAGAAGCUGGAAGGGCAAACCAGAAGAUAGCUCAAGAUUUCUUUAGAGAAGAAUAUAGGCUGAACAAUGCCAUUGGUUCUUGCCAGAAACCAUAUGUUGCACUUAUUCAUGGAAUUACAAUGGGUGGGGGAGUUGGUGUCUCAGUUCAUGGGCAAUUCCGAGUGGCUACUGAGAAGUCUCUCUUUGCAAUGCCAGAAACAGCAAUCGGACUCUUCCCUGAUGUGGGUGGAGGUUAUUUCUUGCCACGACUUCAAGGAAAACUUGGUUACUUCCUUGCAUUAACAGGAUUCAGACUGAAAGGAAGAGAUGUGUAUGCAGCAGGAAUUGCGACACAUUUUGUGGAUUCUGAAAAGUUGGGCAUGUUAGAAGAAGAUUUGAUAGCCCUAAAAUCACCUUCAAAAGAAAAUAUUGCGGAUGUCUUAGAAGCUUACCAUACAAAGGAACCCAGGACAAAAGACCAAAUACUACAAAACGAUGCCCUGUUUAGAGAAAUUCCAAGGUUUGGGGGAGCUAAGAGCCAGCAACAAAGAACAAAUUCCAAGAUUGAUCAAGACAAGUCUUUUAUACUUGAGGAACACAUGGACAAAAUAAACAGUUGCUUCUCAGCCAAUACUGUGGAACAGAUUAUUGAAAAUUUACAGCAAGAUGGUUCAUCUUUUGCCUUAGAACAGUUGAAGGUAAUUAAUAAAAUGUCUCCAACAUCCCUAAAGAUCACACUAAGGCAACUCAUGGAGGGGUCUUCAAAGACCUUGCAAGAAGUAUUAAUUAUGGAAUAUCGGCUGAGUCAAGCUUGUAUGGGAGGCCAUGACUUUCAUGAAGGUGUUAGGGCAGUUUUAAUAGAUAAAGACCAGAGCCCAAAAUGGAAACCGGCUAAUCUAAAAGAAGUUACUGAAGAAGAUUUGGAUAGUUACUUUAAAUCUCUGGCAAGUAACGAUUUGAAAUUAUAAGGUGACUGGAUUUUUAAGGGAUUAUUUUGGAGCAGAUGUUGGCAAACUAUGGCACAUGGGCCAGAUCUGGCCUGCUGCCUGUUAUUUAUUUUUCCACCAGCUAAGAAUGGUUUCUGCAUUUUUAUAUGGUUAGAGGAAGAAAGCAAAUACUAAUAUUACAUGAUGUGUGAAAAUUACAUGAAAUUCAAGUAUCAGUGUCCACAAAUGAAGCUUUAUUGGAACGUAACUAUACUCAUCUCUACAUAUUGUCUAUGGGUGCUUUGAGUAGUUGCAACAGAUAUUGUCAGGCUAGCAAAGCCUAAAAUAUUUACUGUGUGAUCCUUUGCAGAAAAUGUUUGCCAACCCCUGCUUUAUAGAUGGGAAAAUUUGAAAUUCUUUAGAGAUUGUGGAGUUGAAAUCUCUAAUUGAAAUGGGAACCUUAUGUUUUGGCUUUGGGUAGUAGUUUGUACAUUGAUUAAAUAAACCUAUAUAUAGAUGAUUAAGAAAUGGCCCUGAAAUUUUUUUGUCUAUUGUGUUAAUGCUUCAUAGAAUUUUCUGCAUGAAUAAAUCUAUUUUAAAAUAA